CCAAUCAGAUGUGGAGACUGCCCAUGACAGCCGGGAACGCAGCGACUAUAAAUUGGCUGCCGCCCGUCAGCAGCUGCCAUUGUCUUUCCUCACAACCGACGGGAAAGCUACCUCUGACAUGGCAACGCCUGCUCCCGCCGUGGCGGCGCCUGCCUCCGGCAUGCCUGGGCCUGCCUCCGACAUGCCUGGGCCUGCCUCCGACAUGCCUGGGCCUGCCUCCGAGGCUUCUGAGGGAUCGCCGGGCAUGGGGGAGCCCACGGAGGCACCUACGAAGGCCCCUGAGCAGAGGACGCCGAGGCGCCGGCGCCGCCGCUGCUCCGACAGUUUCGCCACCUAUUUCCCCCGGGUUCUGAAGAACGUUCACCAGGGCCUGAGCCUGUCGCGGGCGGCCGUGAGCGUCAUGGAUUCGUUCGUGAAGGACAUCUUCGAGCGCAUCGCUGAAGAGGCCUCGCGCCUGGCCCUCUCCACCCAGCGCGCCACCAUGACCUCCAGAGAGAUCCAGACGGCCGUGCGCCUGCUCCUGCCCGGGGAGGUUGGCAAGCACGCCGUGUCCGAGGCCAACAAGGCCGUCCUCCGGUACAGAAGCCGCACGUGA